AUGCCGGACUCCGAACCACAACCCUCCGUCUUCGAAAGGCUGCCCGACGAGAUCAUCCUACAGAUCCUGCACGUCUCCGAUCCGAACGCAUUCGCGUCUCUGGUUCUCCUUAACUCGAAAUGGAGGCACGCCUCCCAACACGCCCACCUCUACGCCCUUCAACUCGCAAGGUGUCCGUCAUACUCUGCAAGCCACAAGAACCCGCCCAAGAAGGAUGACCUGGAAGCAUUGCGGAAAUUGUUUGCGCGAGAGGUCAAGAGGAACCUGUUCGAGGCUUACUUGCGGCCGAACCAGACCGUCAUCAAUCUCGUCUCCAACUCCAUUAGCUCCUCAUCAUGUCCCGGCGGCGAGGGCAUGCAGUUCAGCCCCUCGCCAAAGGGCCACCAACUACUCGCAUACAACUCGUCUCGCAUCUAUGUGAUCAAUCUACAAGGCCCGGAAUUAGAGGUGAAGCGGGAGUUUAAGAUCCUACGGCGACCCGCUGCGACUUGCAUUAAGGAUGACGGCUCGCUCUUGGCUGUGCUCUUGACCGAAAUGCAGGUCGAUUUGUAUGACCUCACCCGAUCACCGCCGCGUCGAACACAAUCUGUCAUCCUUGAUCACAGCCCUCGCGCCAUUGCCCUCUCGCCGUGCGGCACGGUCCUAGCAGCAGCUUACGAAGGUGGAAUCGAAGUAUCGUCCCUCAAUCCGGGCGCCCUGUCCACAGAUCGAAGCUUUGAAACCUUUCGCGCUGUUCGCAUCGACGACCUUCGCAACGGCACUACUUAUUUCACCGGCCCGAUCCCUAUUGCUACGUCCCAGUCAAAACUUAUUCCAUGCACCUUGCCAGCCGCAUCAUACCAUGGCGACCUUGUUUCCGCCGGGUUUCAAGGCAAGGAGGUCUGGCUCUACGGUGUGCCUGAGGAUCUCGACGCAAUCUCAGACUGCGCAAAUGCUGGGACAGAGUCAAGUGGCAACGCAGCUGGCUUGGGUCGUCGCAAUAGCGGUCCGGCGAUGCGCUCUCCACCGCGGACCCAGGAAGCAGGAGAAGCACGGGUUCCGCAGUGGCAGGUACUCUGCGACAAGUUCCGCAAUACCUUUGUCGGGGGCUGCAAAAUCACUGAGCUGAAUGGCGUGCACACAGUCAAAUGGGUUGCUGGCUUUGGGGAUUGCUCGCUAAAGGAACGUCUUGUGGUUGCUGCCCGGGGUGUCCUGCCUCCCAAACCGAUUACAGAAGAUGAUGGUAUCGACUUCGUGGAUGGUGGAAGAGUGACUCUCGUCGAUUUUGAUUAUGGGCUUGAAGAUGGUCAUGUCACCGAGAUUACGAUAGAGGUAGGGGCCAAGGAACCUGAGGUGCUGGAGGAAGAGCAGCGUGAUAUGGACACCGAAGUUGCUAUUGUUAGGAGACGGACGCAUCUCAUGCUCCCCCUAUUCCGCCCGUCCCUCAGCCUCAGCACACCGAAGUGGACGAAGAGGAUCCUCUGA